AUGCAAGAGGAAGCUUUCGAUGCGAAAACAGAUCCAACAAGCUCUGGAAAUUCGUCAUCCAACAAGUCAAAUAAUCUGCAGUACGAUAGGGUUUUAGACAACUUCGUCAAACUGAGCCUCUUGCAUGUUAUACUACACUUGCUAUUAAAUUUUCGUGCCACGAAGAUUGCGCUAUGCACACCACACGACGCGCAUGCACUUUUUGCACACAUGCACAUCACACACACGGAUUUAAUACUUUCUGGGUUUCGGGCAGGCCAUCACGUAAUGGCAGUGCCAGAGAGACGUAGUGCUUCUACCAACUGA